CUACGAUAUAAGUUCUAGUCUAUUCCAAAACUAUUAGAAUUAAACCAAUUUUGUCAAAAUAAAUUUUUUUAAAUACCUUUUAAAAAUAGUCUCAUUAAAGAAGUGUAAACCUGCAUUAACAACAUUUUUGAGCACAUUAAAACGCAAACAAACCAAACUAACCCCAAAACAGCGCUGUGUAAAACUGCAGUUCGGAUGUUGACAGAGCGGAGAGGAUAGGCGGGCGGGCGCUGCAGUUUGAGGAAGUUUGAGAUGCUUGAGUCAGUUUGUUAGCGCUCGUCAUUAUCUGCCAGUCAAAAUAGCCGCUGUGCUUCACAUCACAAUCGGACUAACGGAAAAAUUCACUCGGGACAGAUCAGGACAAACGCGGCACAAUGGGAGCAUCCUCAUCCAGUCUGUUGGACGAGAGCAAAAUAAACUACAUACGAGGUCGAACAGAGGCUGAGCUGAAGAACUUCAGUCCUCAUUACAGAAGACAAAGCUGUGUCGCCUUCUUUUGCCAUCUAAAGGAUGAGGUGGAGCAGCACAGAGCAGCACAGUCCCAGCUUCUUAAACAAAAGGUACCUCCGGAGGCCUCAGAGGUCCUGUACAAGGACAGCAUGCUUUACUUUGAUGACAACAGAAAGUGGAGAGAGAGAUUGGUUGUUGUCCGUGCUGACUACAGUCUGGAGCUUCACGAUAGUCAGGAGUCUUAUACAAAGGGAACCCCAGCACGCCACAAACUCUUGCCAACAGGGGGCGCUGUGUUGACGUCAGAGGAAAAAUACACUGCUGUUGUGGACAAGGACUUUCCUGAUCCUAAUGGUUGUAAAGAAGAGGCAUCAGUAGCUAUGGUGGUCGUUCCUGGUCCACUUCCAGUCUACCUAAGGCUGCCGUAUAGACGAGACUCAUACUUCUGUUUCCACCAGGAGGAGAAGCGUGCACGAUUCGUCUCAAUCCUCAAUGACUGUAUUCGCCACCACAACCAAGAUUUUGUGAAGAGUACGGCACAUGAGGUGCAGGCUUUCCUGAAGGCCAUUCACUUCUACAGGCAGGAGAAGGGCCACUAUGAAUCAUGGGAUAUGCUGGUGGGCACUGACACCCAGGUGCUGGCCAAUCUGGUGCUGGAGGAUCUUCUGCCGUCCCUGCAGACGGAGCUCUUGCCCAAGCUGAAGGGGAAGAAGCCGGAGAGGAAGAGGGUUUGGUUUGCGACGGUGGAGGCGACCUAUGAGCUCGUGCAUGAACAACUCAGAGAAGGAUUAGAGAGCUUGAAAACAGAGUGCAUAAAUGCCAGCAAACAGCAGGAGGCGCUCAUCCGUUCAGACAUGGACCAAAUCAUCAACUCACAAACGUUUGUGGAAACAAAACUGCAAGCUUUAGUCUCAGAUCCUGCCAUGAAGUACUGCUCAGAGAGCGUGUCCCCGUACCUGACCUCCAUCCUGGAGGAGCUGAUGGGUCCUGUGAGCGCAGGCUUCCAGGCUGUCAGGCAGCUGCUGGAGGAUGAGCUCACUCGUAUCUGCAAGGACUUCCCUCAGGGGGGCGUCACGGAGGAGCUUCAGACGGCUCUGCAGCAGGUGGGUCGUGACCGGAUGGAGGACUGUUACCAGCAUGUGAACGUCCUGAAGGAGCAGCUCCAGGAACUGCGCAACCGCUUCAAGUUCUCCAACUCGUCUCGAGUGGUUCACUGCACACAGGGUCAGAUGCAGCAGUUGAUGGAGAAUGCUGUGUACACGUUUGAGCUGCUGCUCCAGUCUGCUUUAAAGGAUAAACCUGACAAACAGGCAUCGGUUAUGGAGAAAGCCAAGCUCCGCGUCCUGAAGCAAUUUGACUAUGACAGCAGCACAGUGAGGAAGAAGAUUUUCCAGGAGGCUCUUGUUGACAUCACUCUGCCAGCCAUCAAGAGGAGUCUGGCCCCUGCCUGCAAAACUGAGCUGCAGAAUUUCGAACAGUUUGUCUUUGCUGAUUACACAAACUUUGUUCAAGUGGAGAACAUCUAUGAGAACAUACUGCUCAACCUCUUAAACAAUGAAGUUAACAAAGUGGUAAAGGAAGCAGCCAGUCUGAAGAAGAACAACCUGUUUGCUGACAGCACUGACCUGCAGUGUGUAAGUCAAAGCAGUCUGGCGGACAGCCGGACGCCGCCGCUCUCUGCUCCAUCAAGCCCACCACCAGUGCAGGCCUCGGUGACCCCCUCUCGACAGCCAGAGCUUAUGAUCCACCAAAUCUCCCAGCAGACCACAGUCAUUCCAGUGCUGAAGAUCACACCUGAAACACCUCAAGCAGAUCUCCCGCCAACAUUACUCAACAGUUCAUCAUCUCUCAUUCCAGAAGUUUCCUCAAGCGAACCUGCAAAUGUCUCACCAGCUGAGGAGUCGUCAUCUUCUCAACCCGAGUCGACUUCAUCUAAAGUAAAGGAUGAAGAUGGAUCUGUUAGCUCAGACCGAGCGGUUUAUCUUAAUUCUACAAACACAGAAAGUCCUGUUCCUUUCGUUGAUGCAUCUGAAAAUGGAAAUGUAGAGGAAGAGGCAAGUUCUUCACAGUCUGAAACCAAAUGUGUCCAACCUGAUGGACCCGUUGAAGAAACUGUGGAGAAGAUUGUGAGUGUUGAAGCAGCGCCUUCUAGCGAGGAGGACGGAAAUGACACACAAGUCAGUCCUGUUUCUCCCCUUGACUGUGAUGUUCCAGUAGGCGGCGCUGUUGCUUUAGCAGCAGAUGUGGUGGAGAAGUGCAGCGUUUCAGCAGAUCCAGAAGAGGAAAGCGCUGACGGUGUGCAGAGCAUCAGAGAUCUUAUCAUGGAGGUCAUCGAGGUGGAGGAGACGGUGAGACCCUGUGCCGAAAACCUGCCUUAACCAUGCUUGGAUGAGAAGAUUCUAGAAAACCAUCCAGCUCUGCUAACUAAUGCAACUACAGUGUUAUUUUUUACAUUUCAUUAUCAUUGACAUUUUAUAUACUUUGACCUGCAUAGCAAACAAGUGCCUGUGUAAACAGAAUUCACUCUCUUUUUUAAUAUUAUCUUGCAUCAUAUUAACAACAAUUAACAAUAAUAGAAAUAAAUUAAAGCUAUAUAUAUAUAUGGGUCAAAGAUGGGACAUUUCAAUCCGGUGUCUCCAUCAAAUUAAAUCGACAAAUGUACAUAGAAAGAAUGUUAAAUUCAUGUAUUUAAUGCUUUAAAAAAAGACUGAAAUAAUCAACAUUCAUCGUAACGGAUACAUGAAUGGAAAAAUUAGUCAACACUUAUUCUGACCUGUACUUUUAAAAAUGUAUAAAAGAUAAUACUAAAUUGUAUUAUAAUUAAAAUGACUACGACUGACAAGGGGUAAAUCAUAGUAGUUUGAUAGAUAAUGCAAUGUUUGAAUGAAUAAAAUAAAAAAAAGUACUUUAGUGUUAUACUUUGAUCAUUAAUUUGUUAAUGUUAAUCUCAAUAUACAGUGAAUGAUAUUUUAGUCAAUGUCCUUGUAAAUCUUGGCAAAAUUAUAAAUUUUUCGCUCGCAAACACUUUUUUCUUUUGUUUGGCUCCAAUAAAAAAAAAGGAA